GUCAAAUGUGUGUGAUAUUCGCUUAAUUUUUAAAGAAAAUAGAAGUCUGGUUAGAGAAGGCAUUUUUUUUCCGGGCUUGUGGAAUAGGUAGCAUUGACUCUGGUGUAUGUAUUGCCCUAGCCCGACGAUAAGAAAUAGCAAGUGAGAUGUCAUCUUGCUUUGAGGCACCCCCUCUGCAUGGAAGGGGUAAACACCAAAACGGAGAGGUGUCUCUUGUCUGUCUGUGCCAUUAUCGCCUCUGUUCCAGCACAUGCAGACAAUUAGGAAUGGGUCCUCUAACCUCUAUGGGAAAAUCUGAUCAUCUGAUAAUUCAUGAAUAUGCAACCAACUCCAGUCUGCAGUCGGAGGACUGGGCCCUUAAUAUGGAGAUCUGUGACAUAAUUAAUGAGACAGAGGAGGGGCCUAAAGAUGCAUACAAAGCAAUAAAGAAGAGGAUUGUGGGAAACAAGAACUUCAAAGAAGUCAUGUUGGCAUUAACUGUGCUGGAGGCAUGCGUGAAGAACUGUGGCCACAGGUUCCACGUUCUAGUGUCAACCAGGGAUUUUGUUGAAGGAGUUUUGGUCAGGGCCAUCUUACCCAAGAACAACCCCCCUCUGGUCCUGCAUGACAGAGUUCUCAGCCUUAUACAGGCGUGGGCAGAUGCAUUCCGUAGCUCGCCAGACCUGACGGGCGUGGUCUCUGUGUACGAAGACCUGCGGAGAAAAGGACUGGAGUUCCCCAUGACUGAACUGGACGGUUACUCCCCCAUUUAUACUCCAAAUAGGACGGUGCCUGAUAACGGGGCUGUUGUGUCUGCCGCUCCCCCGUCCCCCAAGCCGGUCAUUAUAACAGCCCUGCAUCCUGCACCCCAACAGAGCAUGGAAGGACCGGUCACCUUCACACCUUAUCAGGCUAAAAAGUUGAAAACAGACCUUGGAGUGGUUCGAAGUAACCUGGCAGUGAUGUCAGAUAUGAUGGCUCAACUGGAUCCAGCUACAGCCAAGCAUUCAGACACUGAGCUGCUUCAGGAGUUGUAUGCAGCAUGUAAGGACAUGCAGGACAGGAUACUGGAGCUGGUCCCCAGACUUAGUGAGGAGAAGCUAACCGAAGAGCUGCUGGUUGUUAAUGAUGAAAUCAAUACCACGUUCACUCGGUACCAAAGGUUUCAGAGACAAAAGGCAAAUGGUCUAAAAGCUACACAACAGAUCGCUCAGAGCCCAAACUACGUCAACCUCAUCGACUUAAAUAUUGCACCUAAGCCGGUCGCUGCAGCACCCACCCACAGUCAACUCUGCCAAUCGAGAGGUGAUAUUGUGUCAAGUGAGAUGUCAGGACUCAGCUUGAAGGAAUUCAAGGAAUGUGAGUCAUUUGCCCAAAACAGGAGCACCUCACAGACACAACAAAGAUUGAGUGGCUGGAAUGAAGGUGCUGCCGACUGUCUGGCUCAACCACAAGACACUAGAUUACCGAACCCUGGAACGAUCCCUGUGAGUCAGAUGUCUAUAAUGGAUGACAUUGAGCGGUGGCUGCAUGUGGAUGAGGUGGGUCAGUCUUCAUAUUCACUGAGUGACACGGCUUACUGUAACCAAGCUGCGUAACCAAGCUGAGUCUGACUUCCCCAAUGUUAUAGCAGCAUAUCCACUUGCAUCCCCACUUAUUUUGUUCGUGAAAAAACUGAAUGCAGGAUAUAAAUGCCUGUUUUCUAUUUUACCCCUGCAAAUGUAACAUUCCUAGAUUCUUGGUCAUGGUUUGAAUCUACCUAGAUGAGCCAGUAGAAUGAAUUCGAAAUCAG